GACGCGCCAGCGUUUGACGAUUUUUGCGAUACAAUUAUAGGUAUUCAUAACCUCUCUACCGUGAUUUUGUAACAAAAAACACUUGAUAUAUUUAUUAUUACGUGAGUUUGAGCCGAAAAAUACUGUGAUUUAACUAGGAAUUUGUUACCACCUAUUCAAUAUCAAUCAAUUUAAGAAUGACAGAGAUUUCAGAGUCGCACAAUAACGAUAGUACAGCCUCGGUGAUAACUGACCAGGAACGUGAGUUGGCUCAGAAUGCUUUGACCGAUUUUCAGAAAAGCGCUUAUUCAGGAUGUCUGAGCAGCUUGAACAAACUAGAAGCGUUGAGACCGAAAGAUCUUAAAGUAAUGCACAACAAAGUUGUCACCGAGUAUUACAAAAGUGAUUUGAAAAAGACUGAGCUGUUUAGAAAAAGUCUUAAUGCUAUAUGUGGUCAGAUAACUACCGCCAACACAACUGAAGGUGUUGACGAUGUCGAAAGAUGCGUUAUGCGAUACAAUCAGGCUGUUCUUCUUUUUCACACCAAACAGUACGACUUGGCUCUUAAAAUAGUCAACAAGCUAUUCACAUUCGUCGAGCCGAUGGAGGAAAGUCUGGCGCAUAAAGUCUGCCUGUUACUCAUAAAGCUGCACAUCGUCACAAAUCAACCGGACGCAGCAUUGUCGCUGUUAAAUUAUAUCGAAAGUCAAUUUGUGUCUACGGAUACGUCCAAGAUCACACCAACAGACAAGGAGACCGCUAUAAAGCCAAUUAAAGAGCAGAAAGAGAAGAGGGACAAUGUUGACGCAGCAACAGAUGCUUUUAGGAUAAAAUUGUUAAAGUACAAGGCAAGGGUCUACCUCAUGACCCAUCAGCUCAAGUUGUGUAAGAAAGAGUGGAAAGCUCUUGUUGCUUCAGGCACACCUGUAAACGUGUCGUCCAUACUUCUGAAAGGAAAUUUGGAAUAUCUCAGAGGGAAUUAUAGAAAGGCUAUCAAAAUAUUAAAUUCCAUAUCUGCAGAUGGUCUGGAAUACAAAAGCAGCGGAGAAUCGGCAGCAGUUUUAUACUAUAACAAUAUGGCUUGUCUACACCAUGCGAUGGGAAAACCGAACUUGGCUUGUUUCUAUUUACAAAAAGCAUUACAAGAGAACAAAAAUGCGGUUGAAAGCGUCCAAGUUAAAGAUGCUGAUCCGUUUUUGUCACAACCCCUUUAUACUCUUGGUGGUAGUAAGCAUUAUGAAAUAAUGUACAGCUUGGGGGUAUCGUUGCUCCAUGCAAGACGUGCGGCGCAGGCAUUCGAAUGUUUCACAGAAUCCGCGCAAAAACUGCACAAUAGUCCGCGUCUCUGGCUGAGGAUGGCCGAAUGCUGUAUAUAUAGUCACAAGCCUACAAAUGAAAUUGACUUCAAUAUACACAAACGUCGCAAGGAUCUCGUGCAAAAAGUAGUUGGCAACGGUAUAUACAGAAAAAUUAUUUUGGCAUCAGCUUUAUCAAAGGACACUAAAUACCACACGGAAGGAUUGUCUUACGCCAUACCUCAACCUACUCUAGAAUUCGGAAUGUUGUGUUUGAAAAAUGCCUUAUUUCUUCUACCAAACGACAACGAGUUGAACUUGCCGCCGACACCAAUGGCUGGACCGCAAUCUGUUCCAAUGUCUCUGACGCCGUCUCAUGUAUUAGGUGGCCAACACGCGACUCAGGUGUCGCAGGCGACGGCGCUAGAGGCAUUGAAUUUGAAGGCAAGUGUGCUCGCGGCCAGUGCCUACAUCUCCUUGUGCCUUGGUGACAACGUCGUAGCUCUAGAACAUGCAAAGGCUUUACUCGGGAUGUCAAAAUUGCCCGGCGCGUAUAAAAUGCUAGGAAAUUUAUAUGCCGCCGAGAGCUUGAUUCUCAUGAACAAAAUAAGCGAGGCCAUUGAGUACCUAAAGCCUGAGAAUAUUCAGGAUAUAGAUACAUUCUUACCAAUUCCCGAAACCCUGGAUAAGGAUAAAGAUAAAUCAGAAGAACCAUUUGUGACGCCUGUGAGAAGUUGGUAUCCCAGCAGUCUUCCCACUGGAAAAGCGGUUCUUCAGUACAACUUGGCAGUAGCUUACGCAAUUCGAGGCGAACUAGAUAAAUCUGGAGAAACUUUAAAGCAGGUGUGGAUUUCUAAGGGUCCUAAUUGCGACGUUCCAAUACAUGUUAUAAUGCUGGCGUUAUACAUUGAAUUACAACUAGGCAAUGCACACGUGUCAAAAUCAAUAAUAAAGCAACACUGUCCGCAAUAUCAGUAAAUUUGUAAAAUUGAAUAAUAGACUGAGGGGGAUCGAUCAAAUUCGUGAUGAUUACCUGCACAAGAAUGAAAUCGUUCUUUGUAAUAUUUAUAUUAUACAAUAAAUAUACAAUGCCACUAUUA